UGCUGGGGGGAUCCUGGUCACCUCUGACAAAAUUCUGGGGACGCUGGGAACACUGAAUCAACAUGGGCAAUGAGAACAGCACCUCGGACAACCAGAGGACUUUAUCAGCUCAGACUCCAAGGUCCGCGCAGCCACCCGGGAACAGUCAGAAUAUAAAAAGGAAGCAGCAGGACACGCCCGGAAACCCUGACCACAGAGACGCGUCCAGCAUUGGCAGCGUUGGGCUUGGAGGCUUCUGCACCGCUUCUGAGAGUUCUGCCAGCCUGGAUCCAUGCCUUGUGUCCCCAGAGGUGACUGAGCCAAGGAAGGACCCACAGGGAGCCAGGGGGCCAGAAGGUUCUUUGCUGCCCAGCCCACCACCGUCCCAGGAGCGAGAGCACCCCUCGUCCUCCAUGCCCUUUGCCGAGUGUCCCCCAGAAGGUUGCUUGGCAAGUCCAGCAGCGGCACCUGAAGAUGGUCCUCAGACUCAGUCUCCCAGGAGGGAACCUGCCCCAAAUGCCCCAGGAGACAUCGCGGCGGCAUUUCCCGCUGAGAGGGACAGCUCUACUCCAUACCAAGAGAUUGCUGCCAUCCCCAGUGCUGGAAGAGAGAGAGAGCCGAAGGAAGAAGGACAGAAGUCCUCCUUCUCCUUCUCCAGUGGCAUUGACCAGUCACCUGGAAUGUCGCCAGUACCCCUCAGAGAGCCAAUGAAGGCACCGCUGUGUGGAGAGGGGGACCAGCCUGGUGGUUUUGAGUCCCAAGGGAAAGAGGCUGCAGGUGGCUUUCCCCCUGCAGAGUGCAGGCAGGGGGUGGCUUCUGUGCAAGUGGCCCCUGAGGCCCCUGCUGCAGCCCAGCAGGGCACAGAAAGCUCAGCGAUCUUGGAGAAGUCCCCCCUAAAACCUAUGGCCCCGAUCCCACAAGAUCCAGCCCCAAGAGCCUCAGACAGAGAAAAAGGCCAAGGGGAGGCGCCGCCUCAGUAUUUUACAGAUGACUUGGAAUUCCUCAGGGCCUGCCAUCUCCCUAGGAGCAAUUCAGGGGCUGCCCCAGAAGCGGAAGUGAAUGCCGCUUCCCAGGAGAGCUGCCAGCAGCCAGUGGGAGCAUAUCUGCCGCACGCAGAGCUGCCCUGGGGCUCGCCAAGUCCUGCCCUGGUGCCAGAGGCUGGGGGCUCUGGGAAGGAGGCUCUGGACACCAGUGAUGUUCAGGGUCGCCCACAGACAGGGAUGCAAGGAACCGAGCCCAAUCAAGUUGUCUGUGUGGCAGCAGGCGGCCAGCCCGAAGGGGGUUUGCUUGUGAGCCCUGAACCUUCCCUGCUCACUCCGACUGAGGAAGCACAUCCAGCUUCAAGCCUCGCUUCAUUCCCAGCUGCUCAGAUUCCUACUGCUGUAGAAGAACCCGGAUCAUCAUCCAGGGAAUCAGUUUCCAAGGCUGGGAUGCCAGUUUCUGCAGAUGCAGCCAAAGAGGUGGUGGAUGCAGGGUUGGUGGGACUGGAGAGGCAGGUGUCAGAUCUUGGAAGCAAGGGAGAGCAUCCAGAAGGGGACCCUGGAGAGGUUCCUGCCCCAUCACCCCAGGAGAGGGGAGAGCACUCGAACACGGAGCAAAGCCAUGAGGUCCAACAAGGAGCACCAACCCCUCCUCUUCCCAAUGCCCCAAGUGAAAGUGCCAGAGGGCCACUGGGGCCAACGGAUGGAGCCAAGGCCCAUGAAGAUUCCACAAGCCCAGCCGUGGCUAAAGAAGGAAGCAGAUCACCUGGUGACAGCCCUGGAGGAAAGGAGGAAGCCCCAGAGCCACCUGACGGUGGAGACCCGGGGAGCCUGCAAGGAGAGGACUCUCAGGCUUUCAGCAGCAAGCGUGAUCCAGAAGUAGGCAAAGAUGAGCUUUCAAAGCCAAGCAGUGAUGCAGAGAGCAGAGACCAUCCCAGCUCACACUCAGCACAGCCACCCAGAAAGGGGGGUGCUGGGCACACGGACGGGCCCCACUCUCAGACAGCAGAGGCGGAUGCAUCUAGCCUACCACACAAGCUGGGUGAGGAGGACCCCGUCCUGCCCCCUGUGCCAGAUGGAGCUGGUGAGCCCACUGUUCCUGAAGGAGCCAUCUGGGAGGGGUCAGGAUUGCAGCCCAAAUGUCCUGACACCCUUCAGAGCAGGGAAGGAUUGGGAAGAAUGGAGUCUUUCCUGACUUUAGAACCAGAGAAAUCAGAUUUUCCACCAACUCCUGUUGCAGAGGUUGCACCCAAAGCCCAGGAAGGUGAGAGCACAUUGGAAAUAAGGAAGAUGGGCAGCUGUGAUGGGGAGGGCUUGCUGACGUCCCCAGAUCAACCCCGCGGGCCGGGGUGUGAUGCGUCGAGACAGGAAUUUCAUGCUGGGGUGCCACAUGCGCCCCAGGGGGAGAACUUGGCAGCAGACCUGGGGCUCACGGCACUCAUCCUGGACCAAGAUCAGCAGGGAAUCCCAUCCUGCCCGGGGGAAGGCUGGAUAAGAGAAGCUGCAUCCGAGUGGCCCCUACUAUCUUCUGAGAAGCAUCUCCAGCCAUCCCAGGCACACCCAGAGGCAUCCAUCUUUGACGUGCUCAAGGAGCAGGCCCAGCCACCUGAAAAUGGGAAAGAGACUUCUCCAAGCCAUCCAGGUUUUAAGGACCAGGGAGCAGAUUCUUCCCAAAUCCAUGUACCUGUGGAACCUCAGGAAGAUAAGAACUUGCCCACUCAUGGAGGACAGGAGCAGGCUUUGGGAUCAGAACUUCAAAGUCAGCUCCCCAAAGGCACCCUGUCUGAUACUCCAACUUCAUCUCCCACUGACAUGGUUUGGGAGAGUUCUCUGACAGAGGAGUCAGAAUUGUCAGCACCAACGAGACAGAAGUUGCCUGCACUAGGGGAGAAGCGGCCAGAGGGAGCAUGCGGUGAUGGUCAGUCCUCGAGGGUCUCGCCUCCAGCAGCAGAUGUCUUAAAAGACUUUUCUCUUGCAGGGAACUUCAGCAGAAAGGAAACUUGUUGCACUGGGCAGGGGCCAAACAAGUCUCAACAGGCGUUGGCUGAUGCCUUGGAAGAAGGCAGCCAGCAUGAAGAAGCAUGUCAAAGGCAUCCAGGAGCUUCUGAAGCAGCUGAUGGUUAUUCCCCACUCUGGGGCUUGAGUAACAGGGAGAUGGCAAGUGGAAACACAGGGGAGGCCCCACCUUGUCAGCCUGACUCAGUAGCUCUCCUGGAUGCAGUUCCCUGCCUGCCAGCCCUGGCGCCCGCCAGCCCCGGAGUCACACCCACCCAGGAUGCCCCAGAGACAGAGGCAUGUGAUGAAACCCAGGAAGGCAGGCAGCAACCAGUGCCGGCCCCACAGCAGAAAAUGGAGUGCCGGGCCACUUCGGAUGCAGAGGCCCCAAAGCUUCUUGCAAGUUUCCCAUCAGCUGGGGAGCAAGGUGGUGAAGCCGGGGCUGCUGAGACCGGUGGCAGCGCUGGUGCAGGAGACCCAGGAAAGCAGCAGGCUCCGGAGAAACCUGGAGAAGCUACUUUGAGUUGUGGCCUCCUUCAGACUGAGCACUGCCUUACCUCCGGGGAGGAAGCUUCUACCUCUGCCCUACGUGAGUCCUGCCAAGCUGAGCACCCCAUGGCCAGCUGCCAGGAUGCCUUGCUGCCAGCCAGAGAGCUGGGUGGGAUUCCCAGGAGCACCAUGGAUUUUUCUACACACCAGGCUGUCCCAGACCCAAAGGAGCUCCUGCUGUCUGGGCCACCAGAAGUGGCUGCUCCUGACACCCCUUACCUGCAUGUCGACAGUGCUGCCCAGAAAGGAGCAGAAGACAGUGGAGUGAAAGCUGUUUCCUCUGCAGGCCCCAGAGCUCCUGGCAAAAGCCCCUGUCCUGUAGGGGAGCCCCCGCUUGCCUUGGAAAAUGCUGCCUCCUUGAAGCUGUUUGCUGGCUCCCUCGCCCCCCUCUUGCAACCAGGAGCUGCAGGUGGGGAAAUCUCUGCAGUGCAAGCCACCAGUGGUAGUCCCAAAGCCAGAACCACUGAGGGACCUGUGGACUCCAUGCCAUGCCUGGACCGGAUGCCACUUCUGGCCAAGGGCAAGCAGGCAACAGGGGAAGAGAAAGCAGCAACAGCUCCAGGUGCAGGUGCCAAGGCCAGCGAGGAGGGCAUGGCAGGUGAUGCAGCAGGAGAGACAGAGGGCAGCAUGGAGAGGAUGGGAGAGCCUUCCCAGGACCCAAAGCAGGGCACAUCAGGUGGUGUGGACACAAGCUCUGAGCAAAUCGCCACCCUCACUGGCUUCCCAGACUUCAGGGAGCACAUCGCCAAGAUCUUCGAGAAGCCUGUGCUCGGAGCCCUGACCACACCUGGAGAAAAGGCAGGAGCUGGGAGGAGUGCAGUGGGUAAAGACCUCACCAGGCCAUUGGGCCCAGAGAAGCUUCUAGAUGGGCCUCCAGGAGUGGAUGUCGCCCUUCUCCCUGCACCUCCUGCUCGACUCCAGGUGGAGAAGAAGCAACAGUUGGCUGGAGAGGCUGAGAUUUCCCAUCUGGCUCUGCAGGAUCCAGCUUCAGACAAGCUUCUGGGUCCAGCAGGGCUGACCUGGGAGCAGAACUUGCCAGGUGCCGGUGUGGGGAAGGAGAUGGCAGGUGUCCCACCCACACUGAGGGAAGACGAGAGGCCAGAGGGGCCUGGGGCAGCCUGGCCAGGCCUGGAAGGCCAGGCUCACUCACAGCUGGAGAGGAGCAGGCAGGAAUUAGCUUCAGGUCUUCCUUCACCAGCAGCUACUCAGGAGCUCCCUGUGGAGAGAGCUGCUGCCUUCCAGGUGGCUCCCCAUAGCCAUGGAGAAGAGGCCGUGGCCCAAGACAGAAUUCCUUCUGGAAAGCAGCACCAGGAAACAUCUGCCUGCGACAGUCCACAUGGAGAAGGUGGUCCCGGGGACUUUGCUCACACAGGGGUUCCAGGACAUGUGCCAAGGUCCACCUGUGCCCCUUCUCCCCAGAGGGAGGUUUUGACUGUGCCUGAGGCCAACAGUGAGCCCUGGACCCUUGACACGCUUGGGGGUGAAAGGAGACCCGGAGUCACUGCUGGCAUCUUGGAAAUGCAAAAUGCCCUGGGCAACCAGAGCACCCCUGCACCACCAACUGGAGAAGUGGCAGACACUUCCCUGGAGCCUGGCAAGGUGGCAGGCGCUGCUGGGGAAGCAGAGGGUGACAUCACCCUGAGCACAGCUGAGACACAGGCAUGUGCGUCCGGUGAUCUGCCUGAAGCAGGUACUACGAGGACAUUCUCCGUUGUGGCAGGUGACUUGGCGCUGCCAGGAAGCUGUCAGGACUCAGCCUGCUCUGACAAGGCUCCGGGGAUGGAGGGUACAGCUGCCCUUCAUGGGGACAGCCCAGCCAGGCCCCAGCAGGCUAAGGAGCAGCCAGGGCCUGAGCGCCCCAUUCCAGCUGGGGAUGGGAAGGUGUGCGUCUCCUCACCUCUAGAGCCUGACGAAACUCGCGACCCGAAGCUGCAACAUGUGGCUCCGGAAGAGCUCCACACUGACAGAGAGAGCCCCAGGCCUGGCCCAUCCAUGUUACCUUCGGUUCCUAAGAAGGAUGCUCCAAGAGUCAUGGAUGAAGUCACUUCAGAUGAGACCAGAGGCGCGGAAGGAACAGAAAGUUCACCUGUGGCAGAUGAUGUCAUCCAGCCCGCUGCCCCCGCAGACCUGGAAAGCCCAUCCUUAGCUGCCUCUUCCUACCACGGUGAUGUUGUUGGCCAGGUCUCUACGGAUCUGAUAGCCCAGAGCAUCUCCCCAGCUGCUGCCCAUGCGGGUCUUGCUCCCUCGGCUGCAGAACACAUAGCUUCGCCAUCUGCCCCAGCUGGUGACAGAGUAGAAGCUUCCACUCCCUCCUGCCCAGAUCCGGCCAAGGACCUCAGCAGGAGUUCCGAUUCUGAAGAGGCAUUUGAGACCCCGGAGUCAACGACCCCUGUCAAAGCUCCGCCAGCUCCACCCCCACCACCCCCCGAAGUCAUCCCAGAACCCGAGGUCAGCGCACAGCCACCCCUGGAAGAACCAGGAUGUGGUUCUGAGACAGUCCCUGUCCCUGAUGGCCCACGGAGCGACUCAGUGGAAGGAAGUCCCUUCCGUCCCCCGUCACACUCCUUCUCUGCCGUCUUCGAUGAAGACAAGCCGAUAGCCAGCAGUGGGACUUACAACUUGGACUUUGACAACAUUGAGCUUGUGGAUACCUUUCAGACCUUGGAGCCUCGUGCCUCAGACGCUAAGAAUCAGGAGGGCAAAGUGAACACACGGAGGAAGUCCACGGAUUCCGUCCCCAUCUCUAAGUCUACACUGUCCCGGUCGCUCAGCCUGCAAGCCAGUGACUUUGAUGGUGCUUCUUCCUCAGGCAAUCCCGAGGCCGUGGCCCUUGCCCCAGAUGCAUAUAGCACAGGUUCCAGCAGUGCUUCUAGUACCCUUAAGCGAACUAAAAAACCGAGGCCGCCUUCCUUAAAAAAGAAACAGACCACCAAGAAACCCACAGAGACCCCCCCAGUGAAGGAGACGCAACAGGAGCCAGAUGAAGAGAGCCUUGUCCCCAGUGGGGAGAAUCUAGCAUCUGAGACGAAAACGGAAUCUGCCAAGACGGAAGGUCCUAGCCCAGCCUUAUUGGAGGAGACGCCCCUUGAGCCCGCUGCGGGGCCCAAAGCUGCCUGCCCUCUGGACUCAGAGAGUGCAGAAGGGGCUGUCCCCCCGGCUUCUGGAGGUGGCAGAGUGCAGAACUCACCCCCUGUUGGGAGGAAAACGCUGCCUCUUACCACGGCCCCGGAGGCAGGGGAGGUGACCCCAUCAGAUAGCGGGGGGCAAGAGGACUCUCCAGCCAAAGGGCUCUCCGUAAGGCUGGAGUUUGACUAUUCUGAGGACAAGAGUAGUUGGGACAACCAGCAGGAAAACCCCCCUCCUACCAAAAAGAUAGGCAAAAAGCCAGUUGCCAAAAUGCCCCUGAGGAGGCCAAAGAUGAAAAAGACACCCGAGAAACUUGACAACACUCCUGCCUCACCUCCCAGAUCCCCUGCUGAACCCAAUGACAUCCCCAUUGCUAAAGGUACUUACACCUUUGAUAUUGACAAGUGGGAUGACCCCAAUUUUAACCCUUUUUCUUCCACCUCAAAAAUGCAGGAGUCUCCCAAACUGCCCCAACAAUCAUACAACUUUGACCCAGACACCUGUGAUGAGUCCGUUGACCCCUUUAAGACAUCCUCUAAGACCCCCAGCUCACCUUCUAAAUCCCCAGCCUCCUUUGAGAUCCCAGCCAGUGCUAUGGAAGCCAGUGGAGUGGACGGGGAUGGGCUAAACAAGCCCGCCAAGAAGAAGAAGACGCCCCUAAAGACGAUGGUUGAAGAUGUGAUGUCUGUGUGUUCUCUGUUUGACACAUUUAGGGUGAAAAAGUCGCCAAAACGGUCUCCUCUCUCUGAUCCACCUUCCCAGGACCCCACCCCAGCUGCUACACCAGAAACACCACCAGUGAUCUCUGCGGUGGUCCACGCCACAGAUGAGGAAAAGCUGGCGGUCACCAACCAGAAGUGGACGUGCAUGACAGUGGACCUAGAGGCUGACAAACAGGACUACCCGCAGCCCUCGGACCUGUCCACCUUUGUAAACGAGACCAAAUUCAGUUCACCCACUGAGGAGUUGGAUUACAGAAACUCCUAUGAAAUUGAAUAUAUGGAGAAAAUUGGCUCCUCCUUACCUCAGGACGAUGAUGCCCCGAAGAAGCAGGCCUUGUACCUUAUGUUUGACACUUCUCAGGAGAGCCCUGUCAAGUCAUCUCCCGUCCGCAUGUCAGAGUCCCCGACGCCGUGUUCAGGGUCAAGUUUUGAAGAGACUGAAGCCCUUGUGAACACUGCUGCAAAAACCCAGCAUCCUGUCCCACGAGGACUGGCCCCUAACCAAGAGUCACACUUGCAGGUGCCAGAGAAAUCCUCCCAGAAGGAGCUGGAGGCUAUGGGCUUGGGCACCCCUUCAGAAGCGAUUGAAAUUACAGCUCCCGAGGGCUCCUUUGCCUCUGCUGACGCCCUCCUCAGCAGGCUAGCUCACCCCGCCUCUCUCUGUGGUGCACUUGACUAUCUGGAGCCCGACUUAGCAGAAAAGAACCCCCCACUAUUCGCUCAGAAACUCCAGGAGGAGUUAGAGUUUGCCAUCAUGCGGAUAGAAGCCCUGAAGCUGGCCAGGCAGAUUGCUUUGGCUUCCCGCAGCCACCAGGAUGCCAAGAGAGAGGCUGCUCACCCAACAGACGUCUCCAUCUCCAAAACAGCCUUGUACUCCCGCAUCGGGACCGCUGAGGUGGAGAAACCUGCAGGCCUUCUGUUCCAGCAGCCCGACCUGGACUCUGCCCUCCAGAUCGCCAGAGCAGAGAUCAUAACCAAGGAGAGAGAGGUCUCAGAAUGGAAAGAUAAAUAUGAAGAAAGCAGGCGGGAAGUGAUGGAAAUGAGGAAAAUAGUGGCCGAGUAUGAGAAGACCAUCGCUCAGAUGAUAGAGGACGAACAGAGAGAGAAGUCAGUCUCCCACCAGACGGUGCAGCAGCUGGUUCUGGAGAAGGAGCAAGCCCUGGCCGACCUGAACUCCGUGGAGAAGUCUCUGGCUGACCUCUUCAGGAGAUAUGAGAAGAUGAAGGAGGUCCUAGAAGGCUUCCGCAAGAAUGAAGAGGUGCUGAAGAGAUGUGCGCAGGAGUACCUGUCCCGGGUGAAGAAGGAGGAGCAGAGGUACCAGGCCCUGAAGGUGCACGCGGAGGAGAAACUGGACAGGGCCAAUGCUGAGAUUGCUCAGGUUCGAGGCAAGGCCCAGCAGGAGCAAGCCGCCCACCAGGCCAGCCUGCGGAAGGAGCAGCUGCGAGUGGACGCCCUGGAAAGGACGCUGGAGCAGAAGAAUAAAGAAAUAGAAGAGCUCACCAAGAUUUGUGACGAACUGAUUGCCAAAAUGGGGAAAAGCUAACUCUGAACCGAAUGUUUUGGACUUAACUGUUGCGUGCAAUAUGACCGUCGGCACACUGCUGUUCCUCCAGUUCCAUGGACAGGUUCUGUUUUCACUUUUUCGUAUGCACUACUGUAUUUCCUUUCUAAAUAAAAUUGAUUUGAUUGUAUGCAGUACUAAGGAGACUAUCAGAAUUUCUUGCUAUUGGUUUGCAUUUUCCUAGUAUAAUUCAUAGCAAGUUGACCUCAGAGUUCCUGUAUCAGGGAGAUUGUCUGAUUCUCUAAUAAAAGACACAUUGCUGACCUUGGCCUUGCCCUUUGUACACAAGUUCCCAGGGUGAGCAGCUUUUGGAUUUAAUAUGAACAUGUACAGCGUGCAUAGGGACUCUUGCCUUAAGGAGUGUAAACUUGAUCUGCAUUUGCUGAUUUGUUUUUAAAAAAACAAGAAAUGCAUGUUUCAAAUAAAAUUCUCUAUUGUAAAUAAAUUUUUUUCUUUGGAUCUUGGCAA